AUGUCGAUCGCUUUUUCCUUCCUUCCUCCUUCUUCCCAUUCUCUUUCCUCUCUUUCUCCUUCCACUCCCAAAUCCCUCCCUCCCAUUUCCUUCUCAUCAUCUUCUCUCCGUCUCAAUCUCACUCCAUCUCCCUCUCCUUCUCUCCGCCUCAACCGCCGCGCAGAUCCUCUCUUCAUUCUCCAUUCCACGGACUCCGGCGGAGGUUUCGGCGGUCACGACGGUGGAGGCUCGUUCGGCGGACACGGUGGCGGCGGAGAUGGCAAUGACGGAGAAAACGAUGACGGACACAGCGUACUUAACGAGGCGCUUCUGUUGUUGGCGCAGGCAGGCAGGUCGUUGGAGAGUGUGCCGGCUGACCUAGCUGCCGCUAUUAAGGAUGGUAAGAUUCCUGCCUCCGUCGUUGCUCGGUUUCUCGAACUUGAGAAGUCUCCGUUCAUGCAGUGGUUGCUUAAGUUUACCGGUUUCAGAGAGCGUCUUCUCGCUGAUGAUCUCUUCCUCGCUAAGCUCGGUAUGGAGUGCGGCGUUGGCGUCAUUGCCAAGACCGCUGCUGAGUAUGAUCGCAGGAGAGAGAACUUUUUCAAUGAGCUUGAAAUUGUGUUCGCCGAUGUGGUCAUGGCUAUACUCGCAGAUUUCAUGCUAGUUUAUCUUCCUGCUCCUACUGUUUCUCUUAGACCACCACUUGGAGUUAGUGCAGGGGCCAUUUCUAAGUUUUUCCACAACUGCCCAGAUAAUGCAUUCCAGGUUGCUCUCUCUGGAACAUCAUAUUCCUUCUUGCAGAGAUUUGGUGCAAUUGUGCGUAAUGGGUCCAAGCUUUUUGCAGUUGGAACUGGUGCAUCACUGGUUGGGACAGCUGUGACGAAUGCUUUAAUUAAUGCAAAGAAGGCUGUUAACAAGUCUUCCGCAGAUGAAAUUGAAAAUGUUCCCAUAUUGUCUACCAGUGCUGCUUAUGGUGUUUAUAUGGCAGUUUCGAGCAAUCUCAGGUACCAAGUUGUUGCGGGAGUUAUUGAACAAAGGGUUUUGGAACCUAUGUUGCACCAGCACAAACUUAUACUUGGUGCUCUUUGUUUUGCUGUUCGAACCGGCAAUACAUAUUUGGGUUCAUUAUUAUGGGUGGAUUAUGCUCGGUGGAUAGGAGUUCAGUAG